AUGGCAAUUCUCUUUGAGCAGGAAUUCGAGGAGGGCAGCACUUUCCGCUCCAUCACAGAAGAUGAGAUGCGGCAGCGCAAGAACAAGGCCGUGAAGGCUUGGCUGGAGCAUCAAGUGGGGGGGGAGAAGUUGGAUGUAGUGCAGAUAUUGCAGUCUCACCAUGUCAUUGUCAGGGGCGGGCCUGAGGAGGGUACAAGGCUCAUAGAUGCCCUGCUGGAGUGGAAGCAGAAGGGCAUUGAAGAAUGA